AUGAGUAUAGAGCUUGAUGAUGAGCCAGAGCCCAAAUGUGCUCCAGCCGUAGAGCUGGAGGAGUUGGUGCUGGUUGCUGAUGAUGCAUUGGGAUCUGCAGAGCAGUCUGUCAGCCUGGUGUCAGAUGAACAGGUUUGGAAUGCUUUGCAUGAGCACAGCAUUGCAGAAGAUCAUGUGCAACUUGCAGAUGAUGCUCAUGAGCACGUUUGGGAAGGACUCUGGGAGCCUGGAGUCAACGUGGGUCGUUGGCUUCGGCGGGGAAUUGCUCCCAUUGAAGAGCAAGCACAGGUCCUGGCGACCAAUCUUGUGGCCAGCUUUUCAAAACUGCCAAAGCAUGCCUUGAACAGUAUCAUUUCAUCGCUGCCAGCUUUGGAGGGUGUUUCAGAUGCUAGCACGGGCAGGCUAUGCUAUCAAGCAGCUGCUAGGACUCUGCGAGGUGUGGGUGCUGCCACACUACGGAACAUGAUCCAAAGAGUGCGGGAGAACUCCUGGGUUCCAGUGCCUUGCAAGGGCAAGGAAGCCGCCCAGCAGAGGCUCGAGGCCUGUGAAGCAGAGAAUCGGAGAGACAGCAAGGCCGUCUUGAUGACACAGCUGCGGGAGGCUUUGUUCACUGCCAGUCGGGGGCAUGCUGACGUGGAGUACUGCUACGGCUUGCAGAGACUCGUGCUGAACCAGGUAGACACCGGAGACAAAUACAACUCCAUUCACUUCGUCGGCCUGGUUGAGCAGGCAGCAGCUUGCUUCUUGACACAACUCGAUGCAGCAGAGCUGACUGGUCAGCUUCCAUCUCUGGGAGUGAUGUCUCCCUUGACGGUCAUUUUCGACCCAGUGACUUUGGGCAGUGGCAUGUUUUCCCGACAUGAAACACUGCAAGUGGUGAUGGCCAACUUCCUCCAUCCAGUGACAGGGAAGGCAGUGACGAGGCUCAUCGAUGCAAGAUCCAUCGGCAUGUUCCACGACGGCCCGAGUCAGGUGGUCGGCAUCCUUGAAGCUUUGGAAAAUCAUCCCGGCAAGUUAUCUGUUUCCCAUUUGAGAUGCAGACUUGUGAGUUGCAUAGGCGGUGAUGGGGCAGUGAUAAGUGGCGGACCUUCGGCAAGGCACUCAUCGUCAAAGGCUGGAGAUCUGCUAUGGCAAGAGAUUCAUCCCAACAUCCCUGCUUGGGUGGAGUGGGACAAGUUCCAUCGGGCCCAUUGUGCUUUUGCCAGGGUGGUGGAUCAGACUCCGAUGGUUCAAGAACUCUUUGCCCUGGGAAAAGGCAUGAGUCAACACUUUGGUAUUCAUUCUGGCAAGGUCUUGUUCAGAAGCGUAGCAGCGGAGCUAGAUGAGCCCGUGAAAGCAGUGGCUGAUUCCUCUGGUGCCAGGAAGGUCUUCCAGCUAUCUUGUGUGGCCCAGAACCUGCUAGACAACUUUCGCCUGUACAUAGCUGCUCUGCAUGGCAAAAUGAAGAUGAAGCAAGCUGGACAUGGAAAAACAUCCCAGUCAGCUUUGAGCAGCAUCGGCCGUCGAUUAUCGUCAGUGGAGAUGGUGACAUUUCUGUGUGCUUUUGCUGAUACCAUGGCCUCUGACCUGCAGCCCUUUGUGUUAUGCACAGAGAAGAGUGAGGACCCACCGUGGGUGGCCCAGCGUGCCUUUGAAGACAUGCUGCAGUCCUUGGGGACUCGAUCUCAGCUUCUGGAUUCACUACGGCAGCACUACACGGACAAGACCUCUGUUGCAACCUUCAUCCAUGCCCACCUGCCCACAAAAAUGGGCAGAGCCUUUCCUGUGCUCAUGAAGCACUUGGCCGACAUAUUGCUGAACAGACAGUUCAAAGGGGUGAGAUUGCAGGUCCUCAUCAACCUCACCCCGGGCAGCUUCUGCGUGACUCCUCGCUGCCAGUGCCCAGCCAGACGUGUGCGGGAAAAUCCACGUGUGCCAGUGUUUCUUCGGAUAGGCGGUCGCCGCAAGCGGCUCUUGGUCCCACCAUAUGUAAAGCACGGCACAAUGACUCCAGCAAGUGCCCGGGAAGAUGCAGAGGCAUGGGCUCAGGACCCAUUGUCUGUUCCUCUUCGAUACCAGAUAUUGGAGGAGAAGCCCUUGCCUGCUGCCCUUCAGGGGGAGUCCCUGUAUCGAGUUCAUCUACCUCAAUGUAAGACAGCUCGACAGGUUCCCUUCGUGGUGUCUUCGAUGGAUUCUGCAUUGGCUGGCGUGAAAAAAUGCUUGGGUUCUUUGUGCACAAGUUACCAGGAGUACUGGGGUCCUGUGGGUGUGCAGGUGCAUCUCUCAGAGAUGCUUGCUGCCAUGGCAAAGUGCUGGAACUUGCAGAAACUGUGCGUGUCACCACCGGGACUUGCAGAGAUGCAGGCUUUCCUAAAAGUGGGUUUCGAGCUUGGCCGGUGGCAACAUGUGGAAUCCUACAAGGUGCAGGCUGUCAUGUUGACAAUGGGCUUCCUGGUGCAAAAUGCCAAUGCUGGGACUGUCUGGUCUGUCUGUGCAGACAAGCUGCAGAUUUGCGGUAACGGCUGCAACAUCAAGCGGGGAAGUGGCUUACCCAUGGUGCGGAUCAUUGCUGGAAAGACCAAGCUGUGUGAUGCAGAUGUGCUGCAAUCCUUCCUUCUCGAGAAAGAGCUGGUAUGGCCAGACCAUGAAGGAGGUGAACUGCAGCACUGCUGGCAUGCAGUUCUGAUGUUGGCACACAAUGCCUUGGCAAAUGGAGCCAGCAGCUCUUGCGAACGGGUCGGCUCGCUGCUGCAUGAGAUGCAUCAGGACCAGCUGAGCUCGCCACGAACAGUACGACGUUUGAGACUUCGGGAGGCCAAAGUCCAAUGCAUCGGAUCUGCCAGGGAUGAGGAGCUUCUAGCUGCCCUGGUUGAUCUCUUUGUUCAGUCAGGUAAGAACCCUAUCUUGCGGGAGCGUCAACGACGGGUCAGACGGAGGAAUGACAUUCCUGAAGAAGGCCCAAUCCCGAACCCCUCUCCCAAAGAUGUCGUGGGGGCACGUUCCACGGCGCUUGCCUUGAGUUCCCAGAAUGAUUUGGCAAGCCUGGCCGUGCAAGACAGCUUGGCAGUCACUUUCAUCGGGGCUGGAUUGUCUUAUGAGGAGACACAAAAGUAUGCAACCAGGGUGCCGGUUGCCAAGUACUUGCAAGGUGCAACUCUUCUUGACAGGAAGACUGGCAAACUGCAGAUUCAGGAACUGCAGCCCUUCAUCAAAGCAGGUCGUGCAGCAAAGCAGUGCCCAAGGUCAACCAUGCGUCAGCAGCUCGCUGAGUGGUUGCAGUCCGAAGAAGGCCAAUCCUGGCAGGCUGCCAAAGAUGCUUUGUGGAAGGGUUUUGGCGAGGAUGCCGAAGCCCAAAAUGUUUAA